CGCGCUGUCGCCAUGACAGAGCGAGUCUGUUCUUGUUUUUUCCUCGGCGAGGUCGGGCGCGCUGGCGGCCGGUGAUUUAUUUUUCCUCGUUCUCACCUAGGAUGUGGCUGGGCGACCGGCGAGAGGGGAGCGCGUAGUAGUAGCACGCCAAUCGCCAGUCGUGGAGCUCAGCUCCCGUUUUCUCAGUAUUAUUGUUUCUCUCGAGUGGUAAAAGACGCGAUGAGCGCGGUCAAAAAUUCGAACGUGCCCAACCCGCCGAGCUCCAAGAAGCGCGGCGGAGGCUUCCUUCGCCAGGCCAAGUCCCGAAAGGACCACCCCGCCGACUUGGAGCCCAUCACCGAGGAGGAACUCGCCAAGAAGGACUCCAUCUCACCCGAGGACGUUCUCAGACUACAGAAGAUCACCGAAGGGUACCUGUGUGCCCCAGACGCCAAUGUCUACGACAUUGACUUCACGCGCUUCAAGAUACGAGACAUGGAAAGUGGCAUGGUGCUGUUUGAAAUCGCCAAGCCACCACCUCCAUCCACACCUGACGGGGAUGAUUCCGGCGAAGAGCAGCCACUCGAGGGCGAGUGCCAGGACCCUAAUGCGGGACGCUUUGUCCGGUACCAGUUCACUCCGCAGUUCCUCAAGCUCAAGACUGUGGGAGCUACAGUGGAGUUCACAGUGGGGAGCAAGCCCGUGAGCAAGUUCCGCAUGAUCGAGCGACACUUUUUCCGGGACAAGCUGCUCAAGACGUUUGACUUUGAGUUUGGGUUCUGCAUCCCCAACAGCAAGAACACAUGCGAGCACAUCUACGAGUUUCCCACUCUCUCCCAGGACUUGUGUGACGAGAUGAUCGCCAAUCCAUUCGAGACCCGGUCGGACAGCUUCUACUUUGUGGACGACAAGCUGAUCAUGCACAACAAGGCCGACUAUGCCUACAACGGCGGUCUUCAGAGCCAGUAGAGGAGGAGUCCCACUGGCGAGACCCGUUUUCCCCCUUGUCGCCUCCACUCCGCUGCUGCAAGAUUUGCACACCACUUGGCCAGUACCGUCGUGGUCAACACGGUGACUGCCUGUAUCUCGCACAUGGACUGCUCCUACUUGUGACCCACUCACCUAGGACACUACGCAUACCAUGUACGCACACUCCUCUGCGCCUGCCAUUAGGUCGCUGUCAUCUGCCGCACGCACACGAUUCGUCGCAGCACGGGAGGAGGACGAGCUUUCCUCUUCUUCGUUGCAUACAGGAAUCGGCAGCAAGGUUAGAGAUGCCAACUGUGGAAAGACCUGUACAUCCUCUGCACAAGAGCAUCGUGGCAUGUUCUGGCUUAGAAUUUUUUUGUAAUGGUGAGGACUCGCUUCUUGUGUUAGACCACUGGUCUGUCGUGUUUGCUUAUGGAAGCUGCUGCAGUUGGGAAGAGCAAAAGUUGAUAUUGUGUGCACCUUCUUUGGUCAGUCAUUGCCUCACCUUUCAGGUUUAUGGACUAGCUAAUGUGCGUGGACACAUUUUAUAGUGGUGUUCUUGAGAGAUCCGUGAAAAAAGUACUGUGCAAAUGAGUUGUUGUGAGGGGUACAGAAGGUGCAGAAUAAACAGUAAUAAAGCUUCCCAGAGUGGCACCAAUCACAUACUCUAUCUCACUAACUGAGCAGUAUUGACUUAAUGAGCAUAAAGAGAUACUAUGGUAGCGCAACAUGAAAAAGUACAUCAUGAUAAGCUGUCCCCUUUUUUGUGAGUUUAGUAAUACUAUCUGGGUUUUUCAUCCCAAAACUGCGAUAUGAUUAUGAUAGAUGCUGUAGUGGAGGGACCAUAGGGUGUUUAUGAACCUGCGCCGACAUCGGAGAGCAUGCGGGCCUCUAGCAUUUCGCUUCCAUCGAAAUGCAACCAUCGCAUCUGGGAUUGAACCUGUGACCUUCUCUCGUGUAUGUUUACUGCAAUGUUCCCGACUUUUGUAAAACUUCUCUGAGGGUGCUGUUUUAAAUGGUCAGGGUAGGAGUUGAGUAAGGAUGAUGGUCUUUGUUUUUCUUUUGUAUGGAAUGCUUGCUAGGUUAAGCCAUGCAUGACCAUGUUUGCUAGUCUGGUGCUUGCUGGUGAAAGCACUUGUAUGAAGUCGACCACGGGCUAAAUAUUUAUCUAAGAAGCAGUUGGAAGGCUUCCCGCUGUUUCCUGCUUGGCAAAGGGCUUGAACUGUAUUGCACAUAAUCGGUUUUCUGAGAGAAUAAUAUUUGUUGCUGCUUGAGUUGUGUCCAGAGUUGACGAAAUUGUAUUAUAGUAUUGACAAACUCUUGACCCACCUUUCUGGGUUUAUUUGUCAUUUUUGUUUUUCAUUGUAUUUGGGGACUAAAAUAACUUCACAACAUCGCUGCGUACACUUCUGCUUUGCAUUGAGUACCUGGUUUUCUUGAUGACUUCGUUGAGGUUACAGUAGGGACGUUCUUUGGCUGUACAGAUAAUUUUUGACAGCUGUGGUCUGUUUCGGCACACCUCAUAGUGUCACAAAUGCUGCGCAAUUACUGCACGCACAAAAACAUCCAAGUCUUUACAUGCCCUAGUUUAGAUGUUCGAACCGUAUUAUAGCGUUUACCACGUGUUCACUGCACGUGAGUGCCUAUGGUUGGUAGACAGUUGUGAACAAGCUCAGUUUCUCUUAAUGAUAUGCUCUAUUUGUAUGUUGAAUCUGCUAUGCGACUUUCUUCAUGGCCUCUUCCGUGUUCAGGCAUCAUUACUGAUGAAGAAAAAAAAAAUAACUGGCUCAGAACAGUCUAGGAAGAGUUGCCAAAAUUUCUCAUUUUGACUUCACACCAAGUGUUUAUAGAACAGUGGAUUGAAUCCGCUCCUACAAUAAAUACUAUUACAAUAUGUCUGGCUUAUCACGAGUAAAAGUUAACAGAAUAACUCUUAUGAACAGUCAGAACAGCAUGCUCAAGUAUUCUGGUGACCCUGCUAAAACUGUCUUGUUUCCAUGGCAACCAAAAAGCCAAGUUCAGCUAGUGGUAGUAGUUAUGCAUGCUUGCUGGGCUCUCUACAUGCUGUGCAUUAUAUGAGCAUACCAAGUUUUUUUACCGUGCCGUGAGGCGAAACUCUUUUCAAAACUGAAACGUUCACACAAAAUUAGCUGACUUUUGUAUUGGGAUGCAAAUGACCUCUCCUGAAUUGAACCUAGGUCUAAUAUGACCCGACAUGUACCUCUGAUGCGAAACUGUUUACGCAAAUGUCUAAAAAUGGUUUACGCCUCAGUUUUGAUGAAUUGUAGCAAACUUGGCAGCAGCACUGCAUGUUGUAAAAACUUCAGAGUUUAAUGGAAGUGAAGCAUACGCAGGUGUGAUGUGUGUUAAGGAAAACACCUUUUUUGUUUCAGAAAUGAUGGAAAGUUGUGGCAUAUUUAAGUGGGCAGCACAACUGUCGUGAAGCAACGUCUGGAUGAAAGAAUUAUGUCUACACAAACCUUCGUGGCAUUACUACACAGCUACUGAUAGAGAAUGGUUGUGAAGACACUUUCAGAAGUCUAAGCUACCGUAUAUGCUACUGUACACCCUACUGUACAAGCUACUGUCUUGCAAGACAGGUGGUUAGAAUGAUGUAGUGUGCUCAUAUGAACACAACAUUAACAACAUUGUACAAAUGUUUGUUUUUUUCUUUUUUGAUUGUUUGUAUUGUGUCUAGGCACAGUUUUGCUUUGUUUAAAACACCACCAGAGGUGACACCAUUCUUAGUUUUUGUCAGUGUGUUAUUUAAUUAUAUCAAGUUGAUGCUUUUGCUUUCCAUGCAAUAAAGUUUUAAAUUGCCUUGGGAC